AUGCAUUCUACACCUCCAACCACUGGCACACCAGGUCCGUUAGAGGCGGUGAUGUGCGACCCUGCCAACACUGUAACUACCAGUGGUGGAGUCGCCGCAACCGCCUCCGCAAUGGAACAUCCUCCUUCUUCUGCUUCUAAUUCGAUUGAAGACGCUGUGAUGGAUGACCUGGAGCGUGCUAUUCGCCGCGAUGUCCAUGAAGCAACUCUUGCAGAAAACACCGACGCGCUUCAAGAACAGACGCCUCCUGCUAGCAGCGAGCUUGACGCUGCCAGAAUUCGGGAAACUCACCAGAACCAAGUAAAACAAGAAGAUCUGGAAGGCUCGCUUUUUAUUAAGGACAAGCCAGAAUACAUCGUUAUCGACGACUCCGAUAGCGAACAAGCAGACGAGCUGAGCGACGAUGUAGCUACGGACUCGAUUGAUGAAAAUGGUUCAGAGUAUGACCCCGCGGAUCAUUCUGAUUCGGAAGCUGAAGAUCCUUCGGCACACGAUGGCAAACUUCAACCGUCCAUUCCUGGAGAAGAUGUGUCCCAAAAGCUUGUGGAGCUCGGGCUACAAGAAAUGAAACUCAGAACCAAGUCUGAAUAUGCUCGCCUUGACGAUGAAGAACAGCAAAUGUUGCUGGACAUCGAAGAGAGCUUGGCCAAACUUCAGGAUCCAACAACCCAGAAUGUAGAUGCCGGCCCUAUGACAGCAAAGACAAACUCUGCCCCAAAAAAGAAACGCCGUAAACAUAUCAGGAAUGUUCGGGAAUACUUUGCUCGGAAACACGAGGAGGAAGAUGAGAAAGACGCAGAAAGAGCGGAGAAGAAGCGCAAGCAAGAGGAGCAGAGUGGAGGGCCAAAGAAAAGAAGAACGACGGUCAAGCAACAUCUCCAUGGCGCUGCUGAGCGAAAAACCAUCAAGAUGCGAGGCAGAAUCUUUCAUGGCUUGAAUGACGUUGAGGAAGACAUUGCUCAAGGCAGUAUCCCUACUAUGGCCAGCUUUCAAGCCAGCACCAAGAAAGACCAGUGGCAGCAGCUCAAAAGGAGUAUCCCAGAAGGAAGCGACCUCCGAAGGGUCCAUACACAAGCGAAGGAUCUUGACGAAGCCACCAAAAUGUUUGGACGUGGGAAAAUCAAGGCCAAAGACAGCACUUGGUUGAUGAACGGCAUGAACUGGCCUCUUCUCGACUACCAGCUCGCAGCAGUCGGUUGGAUGAUGAACAGAGAAUGUGGUAGAAGCGGCCCAUCUGGUGGUAUCUUGGCGGAUGCUCCAGGUCUGGGGAAGACUGUCAUCAGCCUUGCCACCAUUAUCGGGAACCCCCCAUGUGGACCCGAAGACAAGGAGUUCUGCCAAGCAACGUUGAUUGGAGUGCCCAACAAGGAUAUUGCCAUCCAGUGGAGAGAUGAAGUAAGGAAGCACUGCAAAGAGGAGUAUGCCGAUAGCGUCAUAAUUUGGUCUCAAAGUAUGGACAUAUCCAUAGCAACGCUGAAGACCCAAUGGAUCAUAAUUACGACAUACCAUGCGAUUAUGUCACAGUUGCCCAAGCCAAAGGAGAUCGCUGCGCUCAAAGAAGAGUGCGGAGAGGACCAAGAUCGUUUCGAGCGUGAGUUGAACAGCCAGUCAGGCGCACUCCUACAAGUCAACUGGUAUAGAGUGAUUCUGGAUGAGGCCCACCAGAUCAAGAACCAUGAAGCUCGCGUAACACUUGCUUGCUGGCAAAUUAGAUCUAAGUAUCGUUGGGCUCUAACUGGCACUCCUCUCUCGAACAAGUUGACAGAAAUCUUUCCCUACCUCAAGUUCAUCGGAUGCAAUUUCACCAGAACUCUCAAAAACUUCUCAUCCAUGUACAUCGGAAAAGAGUCAAACAUGGACAACCUUGAUACUCUCAUCUCAAUGAUUAUGAUGCGAAGAACUAACAAAGACACCUUUAUGGGUCAUCGGGUUCUUCUCCUCCCUGACGCCCACUCUCAGGAUAUCAGGAUCUCACUAUCGGCUGGUGAAGAGAUGGUCUAUGAGGCGGUUCAUUUAUACUACCACCGAAUCAUUCGUGCCCUGAAGCGCAAAAUGGACGCCGGCUCUGGGGAUGCCCAAGCCUUGAUGCGACAGAUUGAGAUAAUAAUACUAGCCCGCCAAACACGCCUUCGGCAACUCACAUCCCAUCCGUUCACCAUCGAGAAAGUUUUUCAAGAGAAACUUCGCGAGGAUGACAUUUUUGCGAUUCGACGGGGGCUUGAAAAGAAGACUGUUGCCCCCGUCAUAGACAGCCUGAGGGAUGGAGACGGGGAUUUUAACAUGCUUUCAAAGUUCAGGAUCGGCUUGCACUCAGUCGAGGCGAUGGAAGAGGAAACUUUCGGUGGGAGCUUCAAUAUCAUGAAACUCCUGGAGCUGGCGGAGAACGAGGCAAGAAUCCGUGGCAUACGCUGUGGCAUUUGCAGCAAAAAGAACACACUGGUGUCACCACUUCAGGGGCUGAACUGCGAACACAUCUUUUGCGAGGCCUGUCUCAUAAAAAUGCUCACUGGUGGGAGAAUUAGAUCCCUUGACGCGCUGGAGGAAGUGGCAUGUCCAGUCGAUGGCUGUAAGGCAACACUUGGGGUUGGUGAGGACAUCCAGACUCUCGUAACCAUUCAGGAAGAAGUAAAGCAGAAUGAAAACUACAAAGAGCCUGGACGCGACAUGAACAACGUCCGCCUUAUGCGCAAACUCAACGAGAACGGCUUCUUUACUGCAACAUCCCUCCCGACUGGCGACGAGGUCCCCCCAAGCUCGAAGCUGACUACCACCAUGGCUGUAAUAGAGCAGUGGCGCUAUGAAGCACCCGAAGACAAGAUAGUUGUUUUCACUCAGUUCAUCAUGACUGGCAAGGUAUUGGGCCGUAUGCUUGAGAUGGCUGGCAUCAAAUUUGUGUACUACUACGGGAUAAUCUCCCCAAGUCAACGGCAAAAGGCAAUCAAAACCUUCAAAGAGAACGACGAGUGCAAGAUCCUAAUUGCCGGUCUAGGAUGCGGCGCCCAAGCCCUGAACUUGACUGUGGCUAACCGGGUCAUCAUCGUCGAACCGUGGUGGAACAAAACUCGAGAGCAACAGGCUUUCGGAAGAGUCCACCGAAUUGGACAAAAGAAGGAGUGUUACCUUGUGCGCAUCCUGACCCAAAAAUACAUUGACAGCCACAUUUCGAACCUGCAGAAGCGGAAAUCCGAGAUCAUCGACAGAGCACUCCAGGACGAUGGACACGUCCCUACAGUCCUCAGCGACAUGCAGCUCCGAUAUCUUUUCGAUCCUGAGGGGGCCCGCGAGGGUGAUGGAGACUUGAAGAGCCAGAUUCGAGAGGCGCAAGAACUUGAGCUCGCUCUGCAGGAAGUUGAGGAGCUCGACGACGAGGGCGAAGAAUAA